CAUUUCUUGUAUCUUGUUGCUGGAGUUUUCGCUACCGAGUGUGAUGAUGACGGACACUGGAGUGAACGCCGCAUGGCUGCUGUGCGACGAGCGCGCGCCUGCUGCCGACGACGACGCUGCGGGCCUUGAGGAAGAGCGCCUGUUUGGCCUGUUCAUUGACGCCAUUGACGCAGUGUUCCAUCGCUGGACUGCGCUGCAGCUCGCGCUGGAGCAAGGCUGGGGCGGCAACGGCUCGGCGCGCAAAGUCGCGUGGAUGAAGGACGACGUGAUUGUGCAAUUCAAGGACGCCCUCCGCGCAUCGGAAGGACCCCUCAAAGGAUCACCAGUCUAUGCCGACGAAAUUGAUCAGCAGUUGCAGGCUGCUUUGGAGGCUGAUUUCAACAUGCAGCUCGAGGACAACAGCUCACGAGAGGUCGCACGAUUGAUUGUUGACGCGUUUACCAAGAUUGCCACCGGACAAAGCCAGCUGAUUGAAGAGUUUGUGGAGAAGAGCCAACGCCAUGCUGGGGGUGCCCGAGCAUCCCAGCAAGGCGCGACUCCCUUCAGUCAGGACAAUGACGACGACGACGACGACGACGACGACUAUGAGGAUGACGAUACUGCAGCGGCAGGCGACCAAGCUGCGACCAAUGCCAUGCGCGCCAUGUCCCUGAACGAUGGGCCCAGCUCAUCGUCCAGCAGCGCACCUGCAGGCCCACAAGUCGAUGCCGAUGGCUGGGAGGUGGUUUCGCCAAAGCGAAAGGGGCGAAAGUAAUCCUUGAGCGAUUCAAUACUACAACUUUUGCUCAUCAUUCCUGUGCGUGCAUCUGGAUCCAUUCAACGGAUUCUAACCAUGAACACUUUUAUAUGGAGAUCAACGGUAGGCACCGUUUCCCGAGCACACACAACAAACACGAAAACAAAAAAAAAAAAAGUCA